UUUACAGAGUGAUGUGUAAGCUACAGGAUGCCCAGCAGCACUGGAAAGAGGUUUAAACCUACUAAAUACAUCCCUGUCUCUACAGCAGCUGCCUUAUUAGUGGGUUCGACUACUUUAUUUUUUGUUUUCACGUGCCCCUGGUUGACAAAAGCCAUCUCCCCAGCCAUCCCAGUGUACAAUGGGCUCGUGUUCUUGUUUGUACUGGCAAACUUCAGCAUGGCAACUUUCAUGGAUCCUGGAGUUUUCCCUCGAGCAGAUGAAGAUGAAGAUAAAGAUGAUGACUUCCGAGCUCCACUCUACAAGAACGUGGAGAUUAAAGGAAUCCAAGUACGGAUGAAAUGGUGUGCUACCUGCCACUUCUACCGGCCUCCACGCUGCUCCCACUGCAGCGUCUGUGACAACUGUGUUGAGGAUUUUGACCAUCACUGCCCAUGGGUCAACAAUUGCAUAGGACGGAGGAACUAUCGCUAUUUUUUUCUCUUCUUGCUGUCCUUAAGUACACACAUGGUUGGAGUAUUCACCUUUGGGCUCAUCUUCGUACUAAACCAUAUGGAAAAGCUGGGAGCAGCUCAUACUACCAUUACAAUGGCUGUCAUGUGUGUGGCUGGGUUAUUCUUUAUUCCAGUCAUUGGUCUCACUGGCUUCCAUAUCGUUCUAGUGGCCCGAGGGCGCACAACGAAUGAACAGGUGACAGGUAAAUUCCGUGGAGGAGUGAAUCCCUUUACCCGAGGAUGCUGUGGAAAUGUGGAACAUGUGCUCUGCAGCCCCUUGGCUCCCAGGUACAUAGUUGAGCCCAAGAAAAAGCAAGCUGUGAGUGUGAAGCCUCCUUUCCUCAGACCUGAUUUAUCUGAGCGUCAGAUCACAGUGAAGAUCAGUGACAACGGGAUCCAGGCCAACCUCAACCGGAGCAAGUCCAAAAUUAGCCUGGAAGGUCUGGAGGAUAAAAGUAUGGAUGUGCAACCACCUCUCCCACCCAAAGGAGAUCCAAGCAAGUACUCUGAGCUGAAAGGGCAGCUGGGGACCAGUGAAGAAGGCAGCCUUUCACCCAAACUUAUCAGCCCUCCCACACCUGCCAUGUACAAGUACCGACCAGCUUUCACCAACAAUCCCAAAGUGCACUACCAUGCUACUGCUGAGCAGAUCACCAUGCAGGAGGGACACAGUCAAGGGGCUUUGAUAGAAGAGGAUGGCAGGAGCCUUGAUUACCAGUCUGAACCCAGCUUGGACAUCCCCAGCUACCGGAAGAGUUCCCUCCACAAGACCUAUCAGUCUUCCCCACUCCAGAUAGAUUCCUUUGCCAUCAAUUCACGAUCCCUGAGCCUGAAAUCUGCUGGCAGGAGAGGGACAGACAAAGUGCCCCUUCAUCCAAUAAAGUCUGAAGGGACAGCUUCCACCCCUUACAAAAGCAUCUUUUCUCCUAAUUCCCUAUCAAACAGAAAUGGGAGUCUUUCAUAUGACAGCUUGCUAAACCCCAUGUCACCCUCGGGAAGGAAGUGCAUCGCCCAUUCUGCUGUCAGCUCUGUUGGGUACCACUCCCCCUAUUUAUCAGCCAAAAUGUGCCAUCUAAGGGGAAGUGAGCUCCAGCGCCAACCACCGCAGAGCUUCAGCCCAGUGCUCGGGGGUCCAGCUCCACAUCAGCGAGACCCCUCUCCAGUCCGCUAUGAUAACCUUUCCAAAACCAUUAUGGCAUCUAUCCAGGAGAGGAAAGAGAUGGAAGAGAGGGAGAAGCUCCUCCACUCGCACCCUGAUUCGGUGUUUGCAGACUCAGGUGUCUAUGACACCCCUAGCUCUUACAGCCUUCAGCAAGUCAGCACGCUCUCUGAAGACCCACGCAGCAUGGCAAUGAGAUUUGGAUCUAGAGACAAUCUGAUGGCUGCUACCACUUUUAGCACAAGGAACCCUAUACUGCAGUCCUCAGUGUCUUCACUCUCAAGUGCAAUGACAAGAGCACCAAGGACUUCUACAACCUCUCUGCAAGCUGAUUUAGCCAAUAAUAACGUCCAGUCCCAUCAAGCACUACAGGGCAGGGUGAGCAAUGGCUCCUACAAGUCUCCAGGCCACCAGGUCCCGUCGUCUCCCACAGGGAUGCCUAGGUCACCCUCUUAUGGAGGCCCAAAGGCUGUCUCAUUUGUAAACACUGUGGAAAUUACAGAGGUGCAAUCAGUGGGAGCACAAAGGGAUGAAAUGCAGUUGAAGACACCUCACAAUAAAAUUAAUGGACAGCCAAAAGGAAUAUCCAGGUUGGGCUCAACAUCAAGUUCCCAGGGGACACCUGUCAGCCCUGCUAGACACUCAAAUGUUAAGAAGGUGUCUGGAGUUGGUGGAACAACCUAUGAAAUUUCAGUGUAAAAUAAAAUUAAUAAAAGAGCCAUCCACUCAGCCAGCCAUGAAGCUAAGAGCACUGUGAAGACUCAAACAACAACAAAGAAGGAGCAGCAGCAGCCGGCCACUCUCCUUUUCUUGUUUUGGGUUUGUUCUGUUUCCAUCUUUCUCUUUUGGCCAAAAAACCAGCUGCAGCCUUAUUCUUGAGGGAAUAAAAUUGUACAGUCCAUCAGACUCUUCCUAAACCGACAGGCAGGAGCUGGCUAUGACCUAACACCACAACCACAGAGCAGAUUUAUUUCAUGCAAGAGAGCGCUAAAGCCAUUGUGAGUGUGUCUGUCCAAUAAACCUGUUGUGUACCAGUUGUGCUGUGAAAAAGUACGGUCAGUCCCAGAUCAUUCAGUUUUCCCCAUGCCCCUUCCCAGUUCUUCUGACCAGCAAAGGAGUCAGAGGCCCAACUGCUAUUUUCCUAUCGAUGUGGAAAGCAGGCUUCCUGUGCUGGGCAGUCUGCAUGUGCGAAAACUGUGUCCCGCAGGCGUUGCAGGUUUGGCUCCUUCUCCUGGGAAGGAGCAAGGCAAGGGCACUUGGGCCACAAACACCUUAUCGUCUUGAAAAGCCUUCCUGGUCCAGCUGUGAGCAGGAGAAAGGAUAGCAACAGCUUCUCACUGUCUGCCGUUCGCCUCCCUGUGUGUGAAACUGUGUGUACGUGUGCGCAUGUUCGUCUCUUGUGGAAAAGGACCGCAACACCAGUAAGGAUCUUCCACUCUGACCUCUGCUCCUUCUGGUUUUUAAAGGCUUCUCUGACUCGGAAACAAAACCAAGUAGAUAGGAAAUAUUUGGAUGGGAGCAUACUUCAAACAUCAGCUGCUUUUCCUGCACCCUUCUUAUUACCUGUUGGAUUUAGGCAAUAACAUGGUUUACUGCCUUGCCCUGGUGCCAUCUGUGUAAUCCUGCUGCAAGGUUAUCAUGGUCUGUUGAAUUUACAGUGUGUGUAACUGAGCCAAGCGUACAUCUAAAGGAUAUAAAUUUUCCGUCUGCCUAAUUACUAGCACAUUCCCUCUGGUCUUCAGUACUUUUAGACAAAGGAUUUUCCAUUUGAGCUUUCCCCUUGGGAAACAACUUUUAAAAAUAAUACCAAUCAAAUCUGUUUAACAUUUUAAGGUUUCCUUUUCCUGUCUCCAGAAAACUACAUUUACUUUGUUGGAUUUAAAGACAACUUUACUGUAAAAAACAAGGGGUGCAUUACUUUUAUCACAAAUAUGAGGACUCUGACAAAGCUAAUUUUGGGACAAAUUGUUGUCUUUUUUUCUUUUCUCCUUUUCCUUUCCAUUCAGUUACCACCUCAGAAGUCAAAAGUGCUGAGAUCUGGACCAAUGCUAACUAGCCAGAUCAUGUGUGCAAUUAUUAACAUCCUGAACAACUGUUGCCAAAGUCACUAAAAAUCAUUAUUGACCCAGUCAGCAUAUGAAACCUCGACCUCCCACCUGGUUCUCCUGGUGAAUAGUUUGGAUUAGAGAGCUAAAUAUGUCAUUUUUCAGGAUAUUUAUUUCAAGGAGUUGAAUCCUUGACUAUAAUGGAGAGCUCUCCAGAUAUUUGGUAGCAAUUCAGAAUGUGUUGAUAACAACUUACUUGUUUUCAUGUAUGUUGAGAUUAAUUAUUCCAGAAGGCAAAUAUUGAUCUCAGUUUUGCCUGGUUAAAAUUUAUCUUUUGAUUUGAUAAAUCUUGUCAUCUGCUGCAAUAUAUGCUUAUUAUGUCCCUUGUAUAUCACAUCAUUUUUGAAGACGAAGGUUGAAGAUAACAUAGGAAAGUUAAUCAUCUCUCUGUGUAAUGCUCUAUGUUGCCUGAAGGGAGAAACCUGGAAAACAAUGCAACUGCAAUAGGCCAAAGUUAUGAGAAAGUGAACUAGAAAUCAGUGUGCAUUUUAUUGCCGCGGUGAUAUUUUAAAUGCCUACUGUAGAGACAUUGCAGAGCAGAGAAGCAAUAGUCUUUCUAUGCAGAUUUGCUCACUGGCAUGUAGAAUAUUGUCUUUAGCUGGAGGCACCACAGUACCAGAAAGAUGCUGGCAAACUAGAUCAGGUACAGAUGGAACAAUUUAUAUUGAAAGACUGGACGAGCUGGCUGAUGAGAAGAUUUAAAGGGCUAGAAACAUGUCACUGGCUAAGCAGUGAAGUGGAAAUUGAUUAUCAUAUGUACAAAUACAUUAUUUAAAAGAUGUAAAACCAAAGGUAAAUCAAAGGGUUGUCACUGGUAACCAGUGGUCUACAUUUAGAAGGGGACAGAGAAGACAGAGGGGAAGGGGCAGUGAAAUAGUCUUCCAAGGCAGAGUAUUGGAGACUAACAGUUUAGGACAGUCAAAUUGUGUUUGGACAAGUCAUUAAAUAAAUUUCUGGAAGAGGUGAGCCUGCAGGGGCAAGGGGCUAGACCAGAUGGCCAUACAGAUUUCUUCCAUCUUUAACUGUUAUGAAUCUGCAACUCUACCCUAAUGUUAACUCCUCAGGAAGAUGCAGUACUUCCUUAAGGACUGGAAUUCACUCUGUUGCGUAGAGUAUCACAAGACUUACUUAUUUUUAAAGUAUCAUGUAUGCCAUAUGUAAGCCCUGAAAAAGAGGGGAUAUGUGACACACUGAAUUUGGGCAAGGAAGCUAGACAAGGGCACAUUUUAUCAUUUAUCUUUGAAUACGUACAUGAAAUUCAUGCAAACAAGGCUGAAAAUUUGCACCAAUAUUUGAGAUUUGCAUCCCAGUGAUGCUCCACUUUGAUCGUUUUUUCUCCUGCAUUUGUAAACAGAAAAACAAAGCUACUGAGGAACUUGAAGGGCCAAAGAGCCUUUGAAGUUAACUACAUUAGUUCAUGAGAGAAUUUCUCAGUAAGACUAAACACAGUAUUGUGUGUAUAAAGCACUAAUAUCCAGGGUUAUUUUGACAUGGUUCACAAGGAGUAAGGGAGGAAAGAAUGAAUGCACUCUGUCAUUACAGGUUCAGUUGUAAGGAUUGUAUAUUUUAUGAGUAGUUUUGCCCACAGUUGGGAGACAUUCAACUUGUUCAUAGGUUUACAAUGGUACCAAAGUAUUCUUUUUUUUUUUCCUUUUGAGGUUUGCAUAUAGUUCAGUGCACAUAGCCUGGAGUAAGUUAUUCAGAUCUUCUGAAAGAAUAACUGUUAACAGGAGAUUGCAUGCAGCAAAUCCAGUUUCAUUUCCAUCAAAGGCACUGAACCUGCAGCUAUUUUCUCAUAAACGUGUCUGUUUCCAUAGCUCCUGUUGCAGGACCGGGGACCUAUUUAUUAAAGCUAAGUUUGGAGCAGAAUCCAGCCCAUGUUAAAGUAUAGUUCUUCAAGUAGUUUACAGUUUAGGAGCAAGGUGGUUCUGCCCAGACAGGCUCAGUUUUUACAGACACUGCAAGCCAAAUCUUCAGCUGGUGUAAAUUGGUGUGGCUCCAUCAAAGCUCAUAUAAGUGAUGCUAAUUUACAGUAGGUGGGGAUCAGCCAUGAAAAUCCAGCACAAGUUACCACAUCUUGUGAAGUAGCUUCUUUAUUUUUGUCAUGUUUAUUUCAUGCUUCAGAAGUCUUAAAUCUUUUUGACAUGUUUUUAUUUUUAGCUGUGGACUGUAUUACUUAUUUAAAAAACAGCAAUAGUUUUUGUUUAUGCAUCCGUUUUCAUUGCAUGUUGCAUUUUAUUAGCCCUUUGUUCCCUGUUCAUACACUCCCAUUUAGCCUCCAGGUUUUCAUUGUAGUACAAUCUGCCUUGAAAAGUUGGAUCUCUGUAUCUUUAAUUGUAUAAUAUACUGAGUAUUCUGAAGUUAAAUGUACCUUAUUACAUGGGUGGGAGAGAGAGGAAAUAUUUUUACUUGAAGCCUUAAUAUUUUCUUUUUUUACAACUUUGUUUGUUGACCUCAUAGGAAAGUCUGAAUAGCAAAGACUUUGAAACUCUGGGCCAAAUACUGCACUGAUAUACAACCAGCAUUUGGCCUCCUAUGUCAAAACUGGAUGCAGACAUAACAUGAAGUGAACAAGGGAAAAAGCCGUCAGGGUGGUGUAUUUUCCUGAAGAUCAUGAAUACAGUCUCAAAAUGUGUCUGUAAGCAAGUACAUCAAAGAAGUCUUCAAGUCUUGAACUUUUAAGAAAGGUGAUAGCAGGAACUGCCCUAAUAUCUUACAUUUGCAUUUUCUUUUUAAAUUAAGCAAAACAAGUGUAAUUACUGAGUUUGGUUAAAAUCAGCUCUAAGGGUUGCACAGAGCUAUGUGUGAGUAGCCAUGUGCAGCAGAUGAAAUGUGUUGUGUUGCUGUUCUAAAAUCGCUAACCAAGCAUAAUGUUAUGUCAACUCAGCCUAAGAUAAUCACUUCAUGGGUGUUAUAAUGGACGUUCCUCAGAUGAUGCCUAUUCUCCUAUAAGCCUAAUGUGGGAAUUGCAAUGUGGUUUUCUUUGGACUAUAUGUGUGGUCCAGACUAGAGAUAUAGAGAGAUAUAUAUAUUCAAUAUUUUUUUGUGUGUGGGAAAGAUGGGGUCAAGGUUGCUGUCUCUGACAGUCUGGAAGGUUAAUGUCGAACCGUUCUUAUGGUCUGUAUUUCACCUGUUCUGCCUCCUUGAAUUGUUGGAAUGUAUCCGUGCAGGCUUUGUGGAGCUCUGUCUGUAACCUUUUUUGUGGCUCUCGUAAUACAUAUAUAUUUUUUACA